CUUCACACGAAAAUUGACUAGCUGAUGUACAGCAACCAGCCAUCGGCCCCGCCGUUGCAUUACCAGAGUGAGAGUUCCCGGAUCAACCAACCAGGAGCUCCAUCUCUCUCGUAUGCUGCCUACGGUGCACCUCCAGCUCCGUCGUACUCGCAGCAGCCGUCCUCGUAUGCGUGGCACCAGCCGCCGCCGCCACCCCGGGCUUCCAAAUCCGACGACAACUUGAUCUGGUACGCCAUCACGAGUCCGCUGCAGCCGCACACGUACUUGCUGAUCCUCUACUUUGCGUUCAACCUUGUGUUUGCCACGAUCGCGUUCGUGUCCGUGAUCGUUCUAAGCUCCGUCGGCGUCGGCCUUGUCCCAGUGUGUUGCCUUGGUCUCGUGGUGCUCCAAGGACUGCUGUAUGUCGUGCACUUGUUAGCGCACAUCGACGCCCGUCUAUACAACUGCACCGCGCAAGCCCACGAGCGUAUCGUCGUGAGCUUCGACGUGCCGCGCGAAGGUCUGUACCACCUCAGCGGCCAUCGCAUCUCGCCCGAUCUGUCCAACUUCUCUAAGGAAAGCCUCUGCGCCGUCUUCUACUUCCUCUUUAUCAAGUUUCCCCUCUCGCUCCUCUCGGCUAUCUUGGCGUCGAUUCCGCUCACGAUUGCCGUGAGCCUGCUCUCGUACCCGCUAUACAUGGACGACCUCUUAGGCCACCGCGGUAUCUUUGCGCACAUUCCCCCACCCAACGAGAUCAUCCUUCUUAACCAACCCAUCGAUCAGUGGCGGCCGUCGCAAGUCGUCGUGGCCGGAGCUGUGACACUGUACGUUGCCAUCGGGCUCCUCCACGCGCUGGCCUCGCUGGCCCGAUGGGCAACCAAGUUCUUUACCUGUGAGUUCUUUGCUACGUCAGGUGUCGUGCGCUUGUAUUCGACUUUGCCAUCUUAUGUCGCUGCCCCCACCCAAAGUGUUUCGAGCCAGUGGCCAAAUUAACUGAUGGAUGUGUUGAAAUAGACAGGGGAAAAAUACAACAACGCUAAUGGAUCCUUUGGAAAUAGUAUCGACUUGUUAAUUGAUGGUUGGAGGGACAGCUAAACAAGCUACUGUACAGGUUAUGUAAG